GGGAAGAGACAAGGUAGCUUGUCAUUCUGCACAAGCUUCCCGAAUGAGCUUUUCUAAGCAGCCAAGCUGCCCUUCUUCCGAACGACUGAACCUCUGUGUCGUCUCUGGAGACAAGAAGCUUUCAGUAUGUUAAAUUACUUUCAUUAUGCAUUUGCAGAUGCUUAUUGAUUCUACAGUAGGAAGUGGGAGACUGCAGCAGGCUCUAAGAACAGCAUUACAUGCUGUAGGCAUGAACCAAACGCUGAAACAAUAGCCCAGCGCAAACACAAAUUUCCACUAAGGCCACAUUUUGGAAAGAUGCUUUUUACUCUCCUCCCCUGCACUCUGCUAACAAGUGAAAAAACAAAACAAAACAACACCACAAUGAAUCCCUCCAACCUGGAACUGCUCUACCAUCUUCGGGAAUUUACUCAGUCCUCACUAGAGGUUUUCAUCAUUUACUUCAGCUUGGUUUCUGACUACAUGAACAAUACAGCUACCUGGGAAUCUUAAUAGCACUCACUGGUCCCACAAGUUUCAAGAUAUGCUUAUAGUAGAGACGUCAAAAGAGCAAAGGCAUGGACACCUAAACUAUAUCUUGCAUGAUGGAUAGUGCAGUAGCAUACGUGGCUUAUCAAGAAGUACCUGUUCAAAUGGAAGUACUAAUACAAUGGCUUAUUGCUAAGGUACAAUGGUGAACACGUCUUAUAGAUGGAAUUAUAAUGAAAAACCAUACAGCCAAUGAACGAAGAAACAGUAAAACAAAAUUUCCCCAAAAGGAAAACCAGCAAGCUAAAAGUAAUUCCAAACUGAUUUAAUAUCUCUGUACAUGUUACUUGGGUCACUUGCUUACAAGGACUAAAGUUUAUGGAAACUACAACUAGGAUAAACCAGCUGACAUGGUCCAUGGCAUGGAGAACUUGUAUUAAUAUUUACAGCAUCGAUUUUUGUUAUAAAACCAGUAACUGCAGUCUAAUGAGCAGAAAGACUCUCAAAACCAAUUUAAAACUGUUAUGGGGGGACAUCAGAAUAGAUCUUUGAAGCCGGUGACGUGGUAUCGAUUUAUGUUUUACGCUACUUCAGGGAAUUUUUAAAAAAUGGUGCCAACCCCCCCCCAAAGGAUAAGAAAUUAUGAACCACUUACAAAGGUGCUGCUAUCCCCACCGGUUGCUUGAAAAAGAAAAGUAACGUGUCUACACCAGAAUCUGGUCUGUAGAACUUUACCAGGCAAUUAAGUCUUUGGGGGUGUUCUGUGGUGGUGGUGGUUUUUAAACUGCUGCUGAAGUGCUGGAACAGAAAGAAAACUAAAAUAUUCCACAAGGCAGGAAACAGAUCACAGUCAUUUCUGUGUUGCCAAGUGAAAACGCCUGUCAAAAUCUGUCAGCGACACCAUGUAUGAAUUUAUGACAAGCUGCUAUAGUGAGCUGAAAGACCCUUGAGGCAACCGAAAUCAGAGCAAAACAAACUUCCAAGAAAAGGAUGUGUUUCUCUUCCGCCCCAGAAGCCAACAUGCAGUCUGAAUCUAACAUUACUGUUCGAGAUGCAGUCAGUGACACUGACCCCAAUAUGUACCAGCCACUGUCUUACCCAUUAAGCUUUCAAGUUUCUCUCACUGGAUUUCUGAUGUUAGAAAUUGUUUUAGGACUUGGCAGCAACCUCACUGUAUUAGUACUUUACUGUAUGAAAUCCAAUUUAAUCAACUCUGUCAGUAAUAUUAUUACAAUGAACCUUCAUGUUCUUGAUGUAAUAAUUUGUGUGGGAUGUAUUCCUCUAACCAUCGUUAUUCUUCUGCUCCCGCUGGAGAAUAAUUCUGCACUGAUCUGCUGCUUCCAUGAGGCUUGUGUGUCCUUUGCAAGUGUUUCCACCGCAAUCAACGUGUUUGCGAUCACUUUGGACCGAUACGACAUCUCUGUGAAACCUGCAAAUCGGAUCUUGACUAUGGGAAGGGCUGUAAUACUCAUGACAUCAAUCUGGAUUGUUUCUUUUUUCUCAUUCUUGAUUCCAUUUAUUGAAGUAAACUUCUUCAGUUUUCACAGUGCCAACACAUGGGAAAACAAGACGCUCUUGUGUGUUAGUGCCAAUGAAUACCACACAGAACUGGGCAUGUACUAUCACCUUUUGGUACAAAUCCCCAUCUUCUUCUUCACUGUCGUAGUGAUGCUUAUUACAUAUAGCAAAAUACUUCAGGCACUUAAUAUCCGAAUAGGAACAAGAUUUUCCACAGGACAGAAGAAGAAAGCAAAAAAGAAGACUAUUUCCUUGGCUACACAACAGGAAACGACUGAUGCACCACAAGGCAGCGGAGGGAGAAAUGUAGUCUUUGGUGUAAGGACUUCUGUUUCUGUUAUAAUUGCUCUACGGCGGGCUGUAAAGCGACAUCGCGAACGACGGGAAAGACAGAAGAGAGUCUUCCGAAUGUCGCUGUUAAUCAUUUCAACUUUUCUUCUCUGUUGGACACCAAUCACAGUUUUAAACACUAUAAUUUUAUGUUUGGGCCCAAGUGACCUUUUGGUAAAGUUGAGAUUAUGUUUUCUAGUCAUGGCAUAUGGAACUACCAUCUUUCACCCUCUACUGUAUGCCUUCACCAGACAGAAAUUUCAGAAAGUUCUGAAAAGUAAAAUGAAAAAACGAGUUGUUUCAAUAGUGGAAGCUGACCCAAUUCCAAACAGUGCUGUUAUACACAACUCAUGGAUUGAGCCUAAAAGAAACAAGGCCAUCACUUUUGAAGACAAUGAAGUAAGACAGAAGUGUUUAGUACCUCAAGUUGUCACAGACUAGAUUUCUGUAUCCACUGGAUUAUUUAAGAGGAAACAUCAAAAAUAAAUCAUUACCGCCAAAUACAGAGAUUUAAAAACAAAGGAAACAAUAUAAGCCAGACUGUAAUUGUUUGACAUGCAUUAGACAGAUUAGACCUGUAUAUUUAUUUCCUCAUUAUUCAAGAUGUGUGUUGCAUGGCAGUUUGUUAGCGUAAAAUCAUGGUUAUAUUUUGUCAAUACUCUGUCCUCUAAUAUACAUUUAAGUAAAUAUUUUCUAAAAAGAAAAGCCUUAAAAUAGUGUUCACUUUAAAAAAUGUUUAUUUUGCUCUAAAUAUUUAAAGCUUUGUUUUUAAGGUUUGUACCACAGAAAUAGUGCACAUCAGUAAAGUUUUUAAAUUUUACUAACUGCCUUAUUCCGGCACAGUAUACAGGUUUCUGACAAUGAAUUGAAAACUUUUUCUCAACUACAAUUAUAAACUUAAAAUUAUAGCUAUGUGCCCCAAGUACCCAAGUGAUCACCACCAGCUUUGUGAGUUCAAGGUACUCUAUUAUUUUGAGCCACCACAAAUGCCUUUACAAAUAGUUUUCAUCAAAAGAAUAUAAUGAGGUUUGGUUUUUUUUAGUAUGAGAAUCAGCCUGAGAGAAGUUUGAUUUUAAAUGAGUUAAAAGCUAUUGUAUAAUAAGAAAUUUCUAAACUGUAACUAUUUUGAAUUCUUUCUAAAUUUCUGUUUGGGCACAUGAA